AUGGACGAAUCUUACGCGUGGCUCAAGCUGCAAGGAUUUAUAUGUGAGGAGGAAUCGCUUGCCAAAUGGAUACUCGACCUGGAUAAACGUGGAUUACCCCCUCAACACUCUCUUGUACGAGAGAUGGCUAAUUAUCUUCUCUCACAACGCGGAAACCAACAGGUUGGAGAGAAUUGGGUAUAUAAUCUUGUCAAAUGUCGCCCAGAGAUUGAAUCAAAGUUCUCGCGGAAAUAUAACUAUGAACGUGCUAAAUGCGAAGAUCCGAAGAUAAUCCAAGAAUAUUUUGAUCGCGUACGAGAGGCUAUGUUAGAGUAUGGAAUCUUGCCAGAAGAUAUCUACAAUUUUGAUGAGACAGGCUUUGCUAUAGGACUCUGUGCGACUGCAACAGUUAUCACUGAAAGUGAUCGAUAUGCUCGGCCAAAGCUAUUACAGCCUGAUAAUUGA